GUAGCCAACCGAAAAUAUCUGCUGUAGUGUAAGCAGUUUAAAGAUCUUCAAAGCUGCCAGCAUCUCUUAUCUCUUCCCUCCAACUCCAGCUACAACCUUACCUGGAUAAAGAAAAAGAGUGAAAUAUGCAUAGUUCAAUCUGCAUGUCAAUUUCUCCUUCUUCUAACACUGCUUUAAAAUACAGCCUAAACUCUUUUCUUGGUAACUUUCUCCCUUCAAAACCAUAUGCACAUGUCAGAAGAAGUGCUUGUGUAACUACUGCAAAAGCACUUCUAUCAACUACUAAAGAAGCAGCGUUGAAAGACUUCCAUGAACGAAGAGCUCUCAAGAUUAUCUCAGGGUUACAGAAUUUCGAUAGAAACAACGUGGCUUCAGUUGUUACUGCUGCAGAUAAGGGGGGAGCAACUCAUGUGGAUAUAGCUUGUGACCCAGAAUUAGUGAAACUGGCCAUUAGCCUAACUUCUCUUCCGGUUUGUGUUUCAUCAGUAGAUCCAGCUGCAUUUUCAGCAGCUGUUGAAGCAGGAGCAUUGAUGGUGGAGAUUGGAAAUUAUGAUUCCUUUUACGAAACAGGUGUAGUUUUCUCUCCAGAACAGAUACUAAAGCUCACAAAGGAGACAAGGAGCAUUCUUCCUUCUGUGACCCUGUCAGUAACCGUGCCUCACACACUUAGCCUCCCUGAUCAGGUCAAGCUUGCAGAGCUGCUGGAAAGGGAAGGUGUUGACAUUAUCCAAACUGAAGGAGGCAAAUGUUCCACUCCCUCAAAAUCUGGUGUCCUUGGUUUGAUUGAGAAGGCUACACCAACUUUAGCAGCAGCAUAUUCUAUUUCAAUGGCUGUAAGGAUUCCCGUUAUGUGCUCAUCUGGACUCAGUGCAGUUACAGCACCAAUGGCAAUCACUGCAGGGGCUGCCGGUGUGGGUGUGGGCUCAGCAGUCAAUAAGCUCAACGAUGUCAUAGCAAUGGUUGCAGAAGUCAGAAGCAUUGCUGAAUCAUUGAGCACAGUAGCUGAUAGACAAACGACAACCAGGGAAAGGAGCUUCAACAUCUAGGUUAGAGUGUUUUUUGUUCAUUUUAGGCCAAAAAUAUUGUUACAAAUGAAUUGUGGGUCGACCACGAGUUGAUAAAUUUGCCAAUGAAGAGAACAAUUGAAAAAGUAAUAAAUCCGUUCUUUGAAAUUUUUGUUA